UGUGUGUGGCGGCCGCUGCGUGUGCUUUGUGCGUGCCGUGCGUCGAGUGCGUAGCGAGGCGAGGCGACGAGUUGUGGACGCGGGGCAGACACCUGUUGAUGCGCGGCUGUGAUUGGUCGGCGGCAGGAGGCGUUCGCUAGACAGGCGCCACGUAAUGGCCACGUGGCUGUGGGCGACGCUGGCGGUGGCAGCUGCGGCGGCAUCUACGUCAUCGUCCACACUGCUGGGGGAGCACGUGUGUCACAGGAAGGAGACGUACAACGUGACGAUGAAGGUGCGCUCCAAGGAGCCGGUGACGCUGCGCACGUACGAGUGGUGCAUGAAGGUGCCGCCGCGCUGCUCCAAGUACCACACCGAGCUGAGGGAGGUCGACAGGACGCAGGUGGUGUCUCGCGACCGGCUGGUGGAGGAGUGCUGCGCGGGCUUCCAGAAGGACCAGGACCGCUGCGUUCCAGUGGCCGACGACUCCAGCCAGGCACCACCGGCGCCGUCCACGCCAGAUGCGGAAGUGGCUCCAGCUCCAGUUCCAGAGGUGGGGGCGGGCUCGCCCUACUGGCAGCAGCUGCGCCUCACCGACGCCCCCGACCCGGCGGGCCAGCCACCCCCGCAGUUCUCCGCCGCCGCCGAGGUGACAGCGCAGCAGAAGGGCACUCCUCCCGCGGCCGCCUUCCCCAAGAAGGACACCAGGCUCGCCAAGAAGGGCGCGCCCGACAAGACUGCGGGUCUAGACAAGGAGAAGCCGCCGCCACUGGACGCCCUCGCCGGCGAGAGCCUCCCAGCCACGGAGUCCCCGGAGACGCAGACGUCGCCGCCGCCGUCGCCGCCCCCGCUGCCCCCGGAGCUGGACCUGCCGCCUCUGCUGGACAUGCCGCCCGUCCCCGCCAUGUCCGACCACAACCAGUCGCUGACCGCGGGCUCCGACCCUCCGGGUUCGGGUCGUAGCGGGAGGCGGCGGAUACCCCCGGAGAACGGCCACCCGUUGCUGCACUCGGACCUGCCGGCUAUCCACUGGACGGAGAGGGCAGAGCCGGGCGCCACGCCGCACGACGGGGGGGCGGACCACGAGGCGCUGACGUCGACGCCGCGCGCGGAGCUGCCGCCCGGGAGCAUCAGCAAGGGCGCCAUCAGCAAGGGCGCGCCCAGGAAGAAGGCGAGCGACGUGAAGGAGGUGCCCGCCUACGCUCGCAAGACGGCGACUCCGCCUCCGACUGGUGGCCCGCCGGCUGCGGGGGCGGAGGGGGCGGCCCCCGGGGGGCCCGAGGAGGGCAGCUGGGAGCCGUGGAGGCGGCAGCCCGUCCCCAAGGAGCUGCAGGGGGGCGGAGAGCCCGUCGCCAUAGAGCACCACGUGCUCAACGGCCGCAGGAAGGCAGCGCACGCCAAGCGCGGCCGAGGGGAGGACCUGAAGAGCCUGCCCCCAGGGAAGGACCCCGGCGUCGGUCUGCUGGUGAUGGCCGACCCGCCGCCGCUGCCCGUGGAGGCGCCACCGGCGCACGCCGCGCCCGACCACGAGACCACCAUGCCCACAUGGCUGCCCGUCGCAAUCGGAGGCUCAGCGCUGGUGGUGAUAGUGGUGGUCUCCGUGUCGGCGGCGAUGCUAGCACGGGGGCGGCGCCGCUACGUGGCGGGGGCGGCUGGGGGCGGACCGGCGGCGGGGGCGGGAACCAUGGAGCUGCGCUCCAUCAGCCCCCACAGCGGCGCGUGCACCAUGGCGCCGGACCCCAUGGCGGCAGCUCCCACCACUACAGUGGCGGCGCCGGUCUUCCUGAGCCCCGUCUUCGUGCAGCCUUCGGGGGCGGCGGGCGCGGAGGCGGCGGGGGUGGAGGCGCGCCCUGGGGGCGGCGGAGGCGGUAUGGGCGGCCAGGGCCUCCUGCUGGCGGCGGUGCUCAGCCCCUCCCACGCCCUCUGCUCGCCCAGGACCUCCUCCUUCAUCGAUCCGAUGCAGGCGGCGACGUACGACGUGCCGCCGCCCCCGCAGUCGGCGGCCGGGACGCUGCGCCGCGACGCCGCGCUGAGCCUGGGCGUGGGCGGGCUGCAGCUGCACCACAUGUGCACGACGCCGCCCCCGGCGCCGCUGCCGCUGCCGCCCCACCCCCAGGAGCUGCACCACGUGUACGAGGAGCUGCCCGCGUGCUGGCAGAGGCCGCCCCCCGCCUGCCACUAGCCGGGUGGGAUGAGGGACGCGGUUGGCCCUGUUACAGCUGGCCAGUACCACCCGUGUUUCCGGUCCAUUCGAGUGUAAUGGAUUACCUUAUGGAGUGCGCCAUGUCCUGGUGACAAACUGAACCACCACAGGGACCCAACUCGAGACCACUGUCAUUUACACUCUACAUGAUCAAUAGUUUCAGAAGUGUAGAUGUCUUAGCAACAACCUGGGCUGCUACAGAUAGCUGUGGCCCACCUGAACUACUACAUGGCACUAUCUCUGAACCCUGUUGUCUUGUGUUGCUGUAACAACUAAAUAAAAAGUGACAGUUGGCCUAAUUGAAAUUACCACAGGGCUCUAUGUGUGGACCAUUUUUCUUUUCUCCUCUUAUAUGCAUGUUCCCUUUAAAGAUCGCUGCCGUCUAAAAUGUCUUUCGUUUACCAGAACCACCACAGCGCUUCAACUCCAUUGCAUUUCCAGCCUAGAUAAUCGAGGUAGAGUACAACGCCUUACCGAGUGCCAAGAGUUCCUCGAACUGUGCUGAGAGGCCCAUUGGUGCACCUCAACCACCACAGGACACAAUGUCUAGAUUGCUGUUCUCUUCAGUCUGUAUAAUUGACCUAAAGCAGAUGGCGGGUAGGCUGCCUACAACUUGAGAUACCGACAAGUCUCUGUAUGUCCACUUUUUCAGAGAUGGUUGUGGGACUCGGCUAUUUGAUACAGGAUGUCAGUGCAACCAUCGUUCAGUCAACUAGUUUCCAAACUUAUUUUAUUUGACUACCAGUUUUGGCAAUUUACUACGCCGUCUUCAGGUCCCUGACCGACGUGUAGGAAGAUUCCACCUCAGUUCUGAUCAAAACGGGCCAGCAGAUUUCACUUGCUAUGGCGAUACAUUUAACCAUCAUCUGCGACUGCCGACAGAUGAUGGUUGAAAUGAUCGCUAUAGCAAGCAUAAAUCUACUAAUGCCAAUAUUGCUCGCCCCUGUAUCGAUCAGAACAGGGAUGGAAUCUUCCUACAUGUUUUGCAGGAGCAUGAAGAUGGCGUAGUAAAUCUCCGAAACUGGUAGCCAAAUAAAAUAAGUUUGCAAACUAGACGGCUCAAAGGUGUUUAAUUUGACGUCCUGAGUCACCAUCAGUCCCCGAGUCCUACCUAUUUUUAUUCUCAGCUCCUACGACCAUAGUCGAUUUAAGUAUUGUUAGCUUUUGAAAUGCCAGGUGACCUAAUGGCUGACUGAACUACCACAGAGUCACAACUCAAGACCACAGUCAUUUUCAGUCCACAUGAUCAAUGGUUUCAGAAGUGGCAGGUGUCCUAGCGACAACCUAGGCUGCUACAGGGGGAGGUGUGGCCCACCUGGACUGCUACACGACAUUAUCUCUACACUCAUGUUAUCCUCUCUUAGCAUAACAUCUAAAGAUAAAUUGGUAGCUGGCCUAGUUGCAAUCUAAAUUACCAUGGAGCUCUAUGUCUAGACCAUUUUUCCUUUAAUAUCUUAUGAACGUAGUCGAUUUAAGGGUCGUUGCCGUCUAAAAUCACUUUUGACAAGCAGAACUACCACAGGGCUCCAACUCCAGACCACUGCAUUUCCAGCAUAGAUAAUGGAGCUAUUUGGCAAUGGUUUACAAAGUGCCAAGUAUCCUUUCAACAACCAGGAGUGCCAUAGGACACACCAACGCAGCUGAACUACUACAAGAUGUUAUUUAUAGACCACUGCCAUCUUCAGAUUUCAUGUAGCCUGGAUGUAACCCAAGAUGCCAUGGAGCUCUGUGAUACAUUUUCAUUCUCAACUCUGAUAAGCAAAAUCGAUUUAACGAUCGUUAGGUUCUGAAAUGCUGGAGACAAACUGAAAUUCCACAGGAGUCCAUCUCAAGGCCAUUGCUAUUUCAGUCUGCAUACUCAAGUCCAUGACCAACGGUUUCGGAAAUUCCGGUUGUGCUACUACUGUAGGGAACUGUACCACACUUCAGCUACUAGCAGAGUCUGUCUCCAUACCCUUCUAUCUUCUGUCUGCGGGACAACUAAAAAUGUGGUCUGGCUACAACCUCAGUUACCACGAAGGGAGGGCACUAUGGCUCACAGAGCACUAUCUUCUGUCUAUAUAAGUUAACAAAGGGCCUGGUAGCCUGGUUUAAAAGCUGGUUCUUUGAAUAUGUACAGAUGCAUGAUCGAAUUUGAAUCAUAAUUUUUGGAGUGCCACGUAUCCUGGUAAUAAAUAGUGCUACGAUGGGGGUCGUCCAUUGCUGCUUUCUGUCUAGGUAAUCGAGUUAAGGAUGAAUGAUGAAUGCUCUCUCAAAAGCGCCAACCGUGAGGGUAACAGUCUCAAUUGUUGCAGGGUUCUAUGGCUGUAAUUUUCAUAUUUUCGGUUAAAAUAAAGAAGUUAGGGCAAAAUACUUUCGGCUGUGUCAGAUUAUUUGGCCAGAGCUUGAAUUACCACUGGGCUCUAUGGCUGGACCCCUGAUAAUUAUAGUUUCUAUAAUCGGAUUAAUGAAAAAGUACUUCCGUUAGUACUGCAGGACUCUUCGAAGGGAGGGUAUGAACCUCGAAUACAGUCUGCGAAGCGAGCGUGAAGCCUGGACUGGAAGUGUGCUGUGCAGAUUGUUUUUGAUCCAUCGACCGCACGACUAUUCUGACACUGUCCUUGGUCUUUCGCUGAUCCUGUCACCGCCGCGUAACUACUGUGGCCUACAUCCCCCAAACUCCGUUCUACAUAUUCUAGACCUAUCUGCUCUCUGCCAUUUUCAGCAGCUAAUACUCCCUCCUGGAUUCCACAGCAAAUACCCCACUUUCCUGUUCUUCCUCCUUCCAAGACCAUUCCACAAACUUCGUUCCUCGUCAAUAUUUCUUAGUAGUUCUUACUUUGUUUUGAUCUCGAAUGGGCCAGCUAAGGAGCACAUGCCAAUUUAAAUUACUUGUUCGUUGUUCAUUUGUUGUCUUCCAGUACUGUUUCAUCUGUAGACUAUGUUUUCCCUUCCCGCUUUCUGGCCACUCUCCCACCAUUCAGUCCUUCCACACUCAAUACUUUUUCUCUGAACACUUCUUGGUCACUUGUUUCUUCAGCUUUUAUAUUAUUUUUUAAGCCGUUUUUUAUUUCGUGAUUCCAAUUCGCUGACUUUUUAUCCCAGAAAUAUUUGACGAUCUCUUUGGUUAUUGUACUGUCCUGCAUUCGAUAUAAAUAGAUAAAAAAUGACAGUCUUUCUCAUUACUUCCGGUAUUCUUCCACGCGUUUUCGUGGGCCUAAUAUUUCACUCUAGUUCAUCCUUCUAGUAUUCCUAAUUUAUCUAAAAUAUAGUUUAGUGUUAGAAAUUCGCUUAUACAUAGACAUUCUAGCUUGACUGCUGUACUGUAAUGCCUUAUUUUUCCAUUUUUAAGUAGGUACUUUUUGUUGUAAGGGUAUGUAGCUAUACGAUACGCCCCUCCCAUUUUAUGUGUCCUUUCUUCUAUAGCGGCUUCUUCGGAACCAAUUCGUUGGAUUAUUUCCUCAAUAACUUUAAUUAUUUUAACCUUCUCUGUUUGUCCAGUAUCUGUUUUCAGAAAUUUCGGUGCAUUUUAAAUGCUUGUUAAAAAUGUAUCUUUUUCCUGCACAAAUUCUUGGGCCAGUCCUGUUGCCUACUCACUCUAAAGGAUUGUUUUGCAGUAUAUUACAUGGUCACAUUUCAGAAAAUAUAGCAAAGCCAUCUGCAUAUGCGAGAUAGUUUGUUGCAAUAUUUCUGUUUUCUCUUACCAACCUUAUUAGGGAAAUAUUACGCUCAUUCAGUUGCGCAUUCAAAAUUCUGAGUUUUUCUCUGGUACACGAUUGAAAAGAACUGUACACGAUUGAAAAGAACUAGGGAUAGGCUACCGUCUUGGCGUACACCUGUGUUUAUCUCGAUUUCACUCCAGGUACCCUGACUGUGCUUUGUAUGCCCACUUUUAAUGUUCUCCGACAACACAUUACAAAUAUUUCGAAUUUCUUCUUCUCGGAACUUAUAAAAUUUUCCAUGUACAAUGCUCUGCUCCAGACUAAUUCUUUCAGACACUCCAUCCUAAUUUCAAAAAUAUCUGCUACCAGCGAAGUUCUUUAAAUGAAGAAAGCUCUCUGCGUCUGUGCCAGUAUAUUCCUGACGUCUUCCUUACUUGGAUCACGCUUUGCAAUCUUGCUUCCUACACAGGAGAAGCCUGUCACUGAUGAAUUCCCAUCUUUGAGAAGAAGCAAGUCGCUACUGCACUUUUUGCUGCUUUUCAUCACCUUCGAUUUUGCUUGAGCGAUAAGUGCUGUCCCUUUCCUUCGACAGUUCUAUGUCUUGUUCACGUAAGACCAUGACUACGGUAAUGUAGGUAUGAGAAAACUUGCUGAAUCCAUAAAAAAACCUUAGCUAGAGUUAUUUGUACUUGACACAGCGCACCGAGUGAGGUGGCGCAGUGGUUAGCACACUGGACUCGCAUUCGGGAGGACGACGGUUUAAUCCCGUCUCCGGCCAUCCUGAUUUAGGUUUUCCGUGAUUUACCUAAAUCGCUUCAGGCAAAUGCCGGGAUGGUUCCUUUGAAAGGGCACGGCCGAUUUCCUUCCCCAUCCUGCCUUCACCUGAGCUUGCGCUCCGUCUCUAAUGACCUCGCUGUCGACGGGACGUUAAACACUAAUCUCCUCCUCCUCCUUGACACAGCGGAUUUGGCUGACUGUACUUCCAUUUUUAGUUGGCAGUCUUCUAAGUUUAGCUUGUCAGUGAUUUACAGUGAUGUUGCAGAAAGUGGGUAAUGUUUGGUUGCAGAGCAUGUUACUGUAAAAGAUACCACUGGUGGAUCAAAACUGCCGAACAUUAAGAGCGUUCCGUACACAAGACUUUCAAAUGAGGAUGCAGCUAAGUCGCCAGAAUGUGUCGUGACAAACAAACGACAGGUUUCUGCAUGUUUUUCUUGUUCUAACAGCUAACAUUCAGUCACGGACAAAGGUUUCACAAAUGUAGUGAUGUGUACAUCCUGUUCAGAAUGCUGCCAUAUUCCUAACUUACGCUAAGGUUCCAUCUGCAGUUGGUGACUGUCUAACUCGAAAGGUUAAGUGUUCCACGUUGCAAGUCCUCCCAAAAUAUAUUUGCGACCCUGCGAAAAGAAGACUGAUACAAACAUUGCUGAGUGUCAAGUUACGCCAGAAAUGACGAGAAGUCUUCAGUGCAUGAAAGUCGAAAGCGAAAAACAGCCAGCUUAUAGCGCAUUCGAGAUAUUAACAGAAACGAGGUUCCAGAACUCUAUAAAUAUUUACACCACUUAUAUUCGACGUAAUAUUCAGACUAUUCAUUUGAUUCAUUUUUCAAAUGCAAUUACAGCUGUACAAAUAGAAGAGCUUUACAUAAAAUGGCAGAACUGUGUACUGUACCUUGUUUGUAAAUAUAUGUAGCAAAUUUUGAAAUAACAAUAAAAGAACUUUUUAGGUUCA